GUUCAAAAUCUAAAUUUUGUUUGGUUAUUGAAAGGGCAGUUGCCUCUCCAUCCCCAUACGCUCCUUUCCGAACAGCCCUAUCUUUCUUUCUUCACCGCAAGAAAGGAGCACAAGAAAAAUAAUAGAAGCCAUAAUCAUACAGCAAUCUGCCUGCAGAAAAAGACCAUUACGGAAUACUUAUGUACGUAUAAUAUAGCGUACCUCAAAUAAAAUCCAAUCCAAUCCAAUCCUUAGACCCAUGAUGAAGAGGAGGCAGUGAUGAUAUACUUUUUCAGUGUUUCCCCCUUUACGGGCUACUACAUUUGUGGUAUUUGGUUGACCCGAUCCGUAUCUUGGCAGGGCAACCCGGAAAUGGACCCUGUGGUUGCAGCCAUGGCGGUUUCGGAUCUUCAAUUCCCUCUAGAAACACAGAUCUGAGCCUAUAAGUUUUUUCAAAAUGGCAAUCUGGAAUGACCUAGUUAUUGCAGCCAUAACUCUGGAUGUUUCUUAGACUCUUGGCGCGUUUACUGUCCAAACUUCAUCGUAAGUAAAAAGCAAAGGAUGUUUAAUGCAGCCUUACGAUUUAGUCAAAAAUUACUCUCUUUUCUUCACUUCUAGUAUUCAUUGGGUGUUAUUAGCAACUAGCAAUAAUAUUUUACCCAAAAAGCUAAAACUAACAAUAAUAUUUUACACAGUACACACACAUGAAAAAUAGGGUGUCGUAUUUUUGUAGUAUCUUUUGCUGAAUUGGAAUGCCAUGGAAGGAGCUUCACUAUCAAACUUGUUGUGGACCGGUUUGAUUAUCGGAUGAUGAAGCAUUAUGUUAACUCUUAAUGUUUUUUGUUCGUUUUGGAUCUAGGAGACCUUCUUCCAUAUCUGAGAAUUCUGUCUUCAGAUUUUUCAGCUCUUGAAGCUGUGUCUCUUUCAUUUGCGUUGUUGGCGUGUGAUGAAUAGGUGCACUUGGGGGCAGUUGGGGCGGCAAGGCGCGUGAAGACCGCUGCCCGGGGCAGGGUACAAGUUUGACCGCGAGAGAAGGGGAAGGAAGAAUAUGGAUUAGGUUUUUUGGCGUUGUUGGUUAACUUAAAAGCAUAAUUUUAAAAACCGGACCGGACCGGUUGAUUCUAACCGUGAACUGGUGGUCCAACCAAUCUGGUCCUUUGGACCGUUACCUGCAUUGAACCGGUGUGAACCAGUCUGAACCAAUGCGAACCGGCUGGUCGAACCGGUCCAGUCAAUGUUUUUUGCGAACUUUUGCAUUCCCCCCCCCCUCCCAAAAAAAAUAAUACACCGUGGGGGGUUUGAACACAAGAUAUUUUGGACAUUUAUAGCUAAGUUCCUACCAUCUAAGUUAUGAUGCUUUUGUUACAAGUUCACUUAAUAUUUAAAAAUAUUUCAUUAUUAAAAAAAGAUUGUGUACAGAUUUCUUUUUAUUUUAAAAAAUAUAAUUGAUACGAGUAUAAUUGAUUGAUAUAUAAACGAGUGAAGAUGAUAGAAGCAGUCAUUGUAGCCCAGAAAGGAGUGAGGCGAAGAGGAGAGAAAGAUUGGGAGUUUAUUGAAAGGGCAGUUGCCUCUCUCUCCUCUGCCAAUGAUCUCAAUCUGCAUACGCCCCUUUUCCGAACAGCCCUUUCUCUUCUCUUUCAUUUUCCUUUCUUUUUUUCCCUCAACAAGCAAGAAAGAAACACAAGAAAACUUGAAGAAGGGAAAUAGCAGAAGCAAUAACCAUGCAACCAGCGCUCUGGGAAAUACUACUACAGAGUAACUCGUAUUAUAUACCGUACCUUAAACAAAACCCUAUUGUUAGAUCUACGAUGAUGAUGAUGAUGAAGAGGAGGCCGUGAUGAUAUACUUUUUCUGUGUUUCCUCUUUCUGGGCUACUAAAAUUGAGGGUUUUCGUUUGACCCGAUCCGUAUCUUGGCGGGGCAACCCGGAAAUGGACCCGGACCUUGCAGCCAUGGCGGUUUGGGCUCUUCGAUUCCCUCUGGAAACACAGAUCUGAGCCUCUAGGAAGAUUAUUCGCCCCCCUUUGUUCUUUCUUAGUUGCUAUUACACAUUGGGUCUUAAACCCUAAGCUCAAUCUGUUUGAUUCUGUCAAUUUUCUUCCCAGCCGAGUGUCAUCAUGUCUAUUUUAUUUGAUUUUUUUUGUUUUCUCCCUCUCAGUUAAAUAAAAAAAUCCCAUUUUUGAAAAAGGAAUUUAAAAAGUCAAAUAUUUCUGGUUUAUUUCUCAUUAAAUCUAGAGGGAAGGAGUAUGUCUUUUGUUCAUUUCAGUUGAAAAUGUUUUAUAGUGGGGUGUGGGAAUUCUGUCUAUUUUUCUAAUUUUGAUGAAAUUAUAGAUUUUUUUUUUUAAAAUUGAAAUGUUCUUGGGAAGGCUGCUGCUGGAGAUGCAUUAUUGUCUCAUACUCUCAUGGUAUAUGUCUGUUUUUUCUUCUGCCUCUUUUUGUAACUAAAACAGUAGUAAUUUAGUUGUAAUAACUUAUAAGAUAAUUCUAUUACUAUUGUUUUUGGGGAAUUUACCUAAAUUGUACUAAAACAUAGUGACUUUCUCAAUGUAGUACUUUAUAUUUUUAUUUCAUUGUUCAAGCUAAAUAUCUAUCAUUACUGGACAUUAUUCCCUCCACUAGACAUUGUUUUUGGGGAAUUUACCUAAAUAGUACUAAAACAUAGUGACUUUCACUUGUUCCUGUUGCUUAUCCCUCAUUUUCUAUGCCUAAAAGGCUAAAACAUCAGAAUUGUAGUUGAAAGAAUGGAUUUUUGUUAUUACUGUUACCGAGAAGAGACUGUGAUGAAACUUGGCGAGUCAUGUUAUGGCAUUUUGUGGAACUAAUCCUUAUCUUGGCGUGGCAAUAUGUGAUUAAACAGUAAUUGCAGUCAUGGGGGAUUGUUUCUUUCAUUGUUGUAGUUCUGACUUUCAAGCAUCAUAAGAAAAGAGCCCUAGGAGGUCAGAACGGAAUGAAAUAAGAAAUAUAGGUGUAGGUUUGUGAUUUUGCUGAGGAAAGGGAGAGAGAUGGGAGUUUCUUGAAAGGGCAGUUGCAUCUCUCUCCUCUGCCAUGUCUUCUCUAGUUCCACCCUAAUAGCCAAACAACCCUUUCAUGACAAACAGUUUUCUUCCCAUUCUUGUAAAUCUUUCCCUUACCCUAUGUUUGGUUUAAGGAAUUUGGAAGGGAAAAAGAAAAGAAAAUGAGAGGAAAUUU